GAAACAGAAGCAGCCCUCUCUUGGUUAUAAAACCGGAGCCCUGACCAGCCUGCGCCGCUCGGACUGAGCCUCAUGAACCGGGACCAUGGGGUUCGAACAGUUCUGCAGUCUGAACCAAUCCGACCCGUUCUGGGACUGGAACCGUACGUGGUACACAACCAACCCCGACCUGACCCAGUGCUUUCAGAACACCGUCCUGGCGUGGCUGCCAUGCCUCUACCUCUGGAUCUCUGCACCCGUCUACCUCAUGUACCUACGCAGCCACGACCGCGGCUACAUCUGCAUGAGCCACCUCAACAAGGCCAAAACCGCGGUCGGCCUCCUGCUGUGGAUGAUCUGCUGGUCAGACGUCUUCUAUUCUUUCUGGGAAAGAAAUCACAGCAGCGUUCCUCCCGUUCUCCUCAUCAGCCCCACGCUGGUGGGCCUCACCAUGCUGUCAUCAGUGAGUCUGUGGAGAUUCUCCUCCUUCUACAUCUACUUCGCUCUGCUGCUCAUCGCUCUCAUCCUGAGCUGUCUCUCUGACCAGCCGCCGCUCUUCUCCCAGGCCGUUAAAGACCAGAACCCGUGUCCUGAACCCGGGGCGUCCUUCCUCUCCAGAAUCACCUUCUGGUGGAUCACCAGGAUGAUGGUGACGGGCUUCCGGCGCCCCCUAGAGGAGAAAGACCUGUGGUCUUUGAACCCUGAGGACCGCUCGCACCGAGUCGUUCCUCAGCUCGUCCGCCGCUGGAACAACGAGUGCCAGAAGGUCAAAAGGACGGAGCAGAACAUGGUGUACUCCCCUAAACGACCACCUCGCUCUGAGAGUAAAGAGGUCCGGGCUGUGGAGGAGUCUGAGAUCCUGCUGGUUAAAAACCCUCAGAAAACCAAGGAGCCAUCCCUCCUCUGGGCCCUGUGCCUCACCUUUGGCCCCUACUUCCUCAUCUCCUGCCUCUAUAAGAUCAUCCAGGACAUCCUCAUGUUCGUCGGCCCUGAGAUCCUGCGGCUGCUGAUCCGCUUUGUAAACGACUCCAGCGCCCCCUCCUGGCAGGGUUUAUUCUACACGGCUCUGCUCUUCGUCUGUACGUGCGUGCAGUCGCUCAUCCUGCAGAGAUAUUUCCACGUCUGCUUCGUGUCGGGCAUGCGUCUGCGGACCGCCAUCAUCGGCGCCGUCUACAGGAAGGCGUUGGUCAUCAGCAGCGCGGCUCGUCGUACGUCCACCGUGGGAGAGAUUGUGAACCUGAUGUCUGUGGACGCUCAGCGCUUCAUGGACCUCAUCACCUACAUUAACAUGAUCUGGUCCGCCCCCCUGCAGGUGGUCCUGGCUCUCUACUUCCUGUGGCAGAAUCUGGGUCCGUCUGUUCUGGCUGGGGUGGCUGUGAUGGUUCUGAUGGUUCCUAUUAACGCCGUCAUCGCCAUGAAAACCAAAACAUACCAGGUGGCUCAGAUGAAGAGUAAAGAUAACCGCAUCAAGCUGAUGAACGAGAUGCUGAACGGGAUAAAGGUGCUGAAGCUGUACGCCUGGGAGCUGGCCUUCAAAGACAAAGUGUCCGAGAUCAGAGAGAGCGAGCUCAAGGUGCUGAAGAAGGCGGCCUACCUGGGAGCCAUGUCCACCUUCACCUGGGUCUGUGCACCGUUCCUGGUGGCUCUCUCCACGUUCUCCGUCUACGUGCUGAUCGAUGAACGGAACGUACUCGACGCGCAGAAAGCGUUUGUGUCUCUGGCGCUCUUCAACAUCCUGCGUUUCCCUCUCAACAUGCUGCCCAUGGUCAUCAGCAGCAUGGUGCAGGCGAGCGUGUCUCUGAAGCGUCUGCGGGUGUUUCUGUCUCAUGAGGAGCUGCAGGAGGACAGCGUGGAGCGCACAGCCGUGUCAGACUCUCCAAACAGCAUCGUCAUGGAGGACGCCGUUUUCAGCUGGUGCAGGACCGAAUCACCGACACUCAAGAAGUUGAACGUUUGUAUCCCAGAAUGCUCUCUGGUGGCCGUGGUGGGACACGUUGGAUCAGGAAAAUCCUCCCUGCUCUCUGCUCUGCUGGGAGAGAUGGACAAACUGGAGGGAAGCGUGUGUGUAAAGGGUUCAGUGGCGUACGUGCCCCAGCAGGCGUGGAUCCAGAACUCCACGCUGAAAGAAAAUAUCGUGUUCGGUCAGGAGAGGAGGGAGGCGUGGUAUCGGCAGGUGGUGGAGGCCUGCGCUCUGCAGCCUGACCUGGAGAUCCUUCCUGCAGGAGAUGAGACCGAGAUCGGAGAGAAGGGUGUGAAUCUGUCUGGAGGUCAGAAGCAGAGGGUCAGUCUGGCCCGGGCCGUGUACUGCGACCGAGCCGUCUACCUGCUGGACGACCCGCUGUCCGCCGUUGACGCCCACGUAGGCAAGCACAUCUUUGAUCAUGUGAUCGGCCCGCAGGGACUGCUGAAGGACAAGACCCGUGUGCUGGUCACACACGGCCUGAGCUACCUGCCCCAGGUGGAUCUGAUCCUGGUGAUGGUGGACGGUCAGAUCACAGAGAUGGGCUCGUACCAGCAGCUCAUGGACACCGACGGAGCCUUCGCCGAGUUCCUGCGGACAUACUCGGCCGGAGAACAUACAGACAACGACGAAUCGGCCCCAAAGGGCGGAGCCAAAGGUCUGGAGAACGGCAGCGUGACGGCUCUGGCCGGCAGCAGUCCGACCGUCAGCUCUUCAUCCAAACAGAUGGAAAAAGACGAUCAGCUGCAGAACAAGAAGACCAAAAACCCUGAGGUGGGAAAGCUGACGGAGGCCGACAAAGCCAGCACCGGACGGGUGAAACUGUCCGUCUUCUGGUCGUACAUGAAAGCCAUCGGCGUGCUGCUGUCCUUCAUCAGCCUGCUCCUCUUCAUCGUUCACCACACCGUCUCCCUCUUCUCCAACUACUGGCUCAGUCUGUGGACCGACGAUGAAGUAAUCAACGGCACUCAGCCCAACAGACUCAUGAGGCUCGGGGUCUACGGGUCACUCGGACUCUCCCAGGGUGUGGCCGUGUUCUGUUACUCCCUCUCCAUGUCCAUCGGGGGCAUCCUGGCGUCUCGCUUCCUCCACCAGUCGAUGCUCUACGAUGUCCUGAGGUCGCCCAUGUCGUUCUUCGAGCGCACGCCGAGCGGGAACCUAGUGAACCGCUUCGCCAAAGAGAUGGACACCAUCGACUCGGUGAUCCCCAGCAUCAUCAAGAUGUUCAUGGGCUCCAUGUUCAACGUGCUGGGCUCAUGUGUCAUCAUCCUGUACGCCACGCCGCUGGUCGCCAUCAUCAUCCCCGUGCUCGGUCUGAUGUACUUCUUCGUACAGAGGUUUUACGUGGCGUCGUCUCGUCAGCUGAAGCGUCUGGAGUCGGUCAGUCGUUCUCCGAUUUACACGCACUUCAACGAGACUCUGCUGGGAACCUCGGUCAUCAGAGCCUUCGGGGAACAAGAGCGCUUCAUCCGAGAAAGUGACCAGCGAGUCGACCACAACCAGAAGGCGUACUACCCCAGCAUCGUGGCCAACAGAUGGUUGGCGAUCCGUCUAGAGUUUGUAGGGAACGUCAUCGUAUCGUCUGCCGCUUUGUUCGCCGUCAUCGCCAGAGCCAGUCUGAGUCCAGGCAUCAUGGGACUGUCCAUCUCCUACGCCCUGCAGCUGACGGCGUCUCUGACCUGGCUGGUGAGGAUGUCGUCUGACGUGGAGACCAACAUCGUGGCCGUGGAGAGAGUCAAAGAGUACAGCGACACUGAGAAAGAGGCGGAGUGGAAGUUGGACUCGUCCUCCCUCCCCGCCGGCUGGCCCACCCAGGGCUGCAUCGACAUCCGAGGGUUCAGCCUAAAGUACCGAGACGACCUGGAGCCGGCCAUCCGCAAUAUCACCAUCAACAUCCAGGGAGGAGAGAAGGUGGGGAUCGUGGGCCGGACUGGAGCGGGGAAGUCGUCGCUGACCCUGGGUCUGUUCAGGAUCAUCGAGGCAGCGGAGGGAAGCAUCCUCAUCGACGGCGUGGACAUUUCUAAACUGGGUCUGCAUGAACUCCGGUCCAGAAUCACCAUCAUACCCCAGGACCCGGUGCUGUUCUCAGGCUCCCUGAGGAUGAACCUCGACCCGUUUGACAGCUACUCUGAUGACGACGUGUGGCGAGCGCUGGAGUUCUCUCACCUGAAGAGCUUCGUGUCUGGUCUGCCUGAUAAGCUGAACCAUGAGUGCAGCGAGGGAGGAGAGAACCUCAGUGUUGGUCAGAGACAGCUGCUCUGUCUCGCUCGAGCUCUCCUGAGGAAAACCAAGAUCCUGGUCCUGGACGAGGCCACCGCGGCCGUAGACAUGGAGACGGAUAACCUGAUCCAGUCCACCAUCCGGUCCCAGUUUGAGGACUGCACCGUGCUGACUAUCGCUCACCGCCUCAACACCAUCAUGGACUACACCAGGGUUCUGGUGUUGGAGAAAGGAGAGAUGGUGGAGUUUGACUCUCCUUCCAAUCUCCUGACUCAGAAAGGAGCUUUCUAUAAAAUGGCGAAGGACGCCGGGCUGGUCUGAAGGAGGCGGAGCCCCUCGCCUGGUCCAGCUGCUCCUUCAGCUCCUCCCCCCGCCACCCAGGAGGUCCAGAGAGGAGAGGAGGUAGGGUCAGAUCAGAGUGCCUGUUUAAAGAGGGGAACUGGAGAAGCCCUGAAGAAGGGUCUGACCCGCUGCUCGUUUGUCUGCCGCCAUCGUCUACUUCCUGUUUCACAUCCUUCACUGCCAGAGGAGUGGCGAGCUCAGACUUUAAUUUGACGGAGGAUUGUACCCGUGUGUGACUUUAAGGUGUGUUUUUAUUCAUGGUACCGGCUCGACUCGUUCAGGUACCGAACUUUGAUUGCUCCUCCUCAGAGGAGGUGGUUUUAGAACACGGCUGUUGCUAUGGAGAUGGUCGUGUACCUGGUUCUCAGCAGGAUCAGGAGUUUAUUUUAUUCUUUAUUCUACCAGGAGAAAAGCCUGGGAUUGUGGAUCUCUUUAGUCCAGAGACGGAGAGUGAGACAGGAUCCUGAAGAUCAGGAGAGUUUAAGAAGUCUGACAGCAGGACUGAGACCUCCAGAGGGGAUUGAUUCCUGUGGAGGACGUCCCCCUGGUGACGCUCCUCCAUCACAUUUUAGUGCCAGCUCAGCUCAGAGGAACCCUCCAGAGGAGAUGCCAGGAAGAAGACCAGGAACCAGGAACCAUCCCUGAUGGGGACAACUAUAAAAACUAGUCUAGUGUAGUCGAGCCGGUACCAUGUUGACUAAAAUCACCGUGGAUGUCUUAAGUCCAGUUCAGACCAAAGAUCCACUAAACGGCGGGACGUCUGGAGGGCACUGGGGGGGGCGGGUGACGCUGUGAGCUGUUCCUGCUCAGAUCACGCUGGCUCACAGCUCUGCCAUUAAGCUGCAACAGAAAAGUGUUAGAAUGUUUGAUCAGUUAAAGAGGGACUGGAAGAUGCUCCUGUUGGCGUGGUCCGCCCAGUCAGCUGAUUAUCAGCUGAUAAUCAGCUGACCGCUGGUGAGAUCCAGUCUCUGUAAAAAGUUCUGAUUAUAAGAGACCCUGAGUCCUCUGAACCAGAGGCUCAAACCGGUCUAAACUCAGGACCCAGUUUGGUAACAUCGUCAUGUCAGAUCUCUGUAGAAACCAGCCGUAUUCUUUAUUCCAGACUCAAAUUCAUGACCUACAAAAAACUUCUUCCCUGCCCACAUUUAGAUCCCAACCCCCCAGAUAAGGACCUCUGCUGUAAGAAACCAAGCUGUUGGAGAAUAUGCAGGAUAGCUCCAGUUCAUGACCUCAGAGUGACCCUGGUCUUGGUGAAUCUUUGGUCUGAACCGCCCUUCAGGACGGAUCUCUGCGUUGUGUCUCUCAGAGCUGUAUGUUUUCAUCAUAUAGUGCCAAAAAACCCUAAGAGAUCUCCUAGAAGCUCUGCAGCACCAUCCAAGGAUCUCCAUCACUAAACUAGACCUUCAGACCAUCAGGAACUCUGAUGAUCACUGGUCUAGACCGUCAGGUACUCUGAUGAUCACUGGUCUAGACCGUCAAGUACUCUGAUGAUCACUGGUCUAGACCGUCAGGUACUCUGAUGAUCACUGGUCUAGACCGU